UCUGAGGUGACUGAAUUCAUUUCCUGUACGAAGUCCGCUUAGCUGUAGCAAAACCGCUGUCAAAAAUGCAUUAUAAAGUUCAGAAAACAAAAUAAACCUAUAUGUUCCCCGUUUCUCACGUUCUUGACUAUUAAUGGAUGCACUGCGUCACACCUGUCGCCUAGGAAACGUGUUAAAGAGAAGCCUUUUCGCGGGGUUGAGCGCAGAUGAGAAUUAACUUUAGACUGAAAUCAUGCAGAAUUCAGUCGAGUCCUUCAUAAAUGCCUUAGAGUCAUACAGAGGAAGAGAUAAAGUGAUAAGGACCCUGUGCUAUGGCUCUCAGCUGGUGGGUGGAGUUCUGGCUGGAAAGAACUCUCGCUCUUCUUUGGGGAAGAGCCUGCUGCUGUUCUCCGCUCAGCUGAGUCACUGCAGAACCACUCUCCGGCUCUUCGAUGACCUGUCCAUGCUGGCGUACUCCUCCAGCUAUGGGUUAGGAGCCUCGGAGGAGGAUGCUUUGGUGCGCUGGAUGUCAAUUGUGAAUAAUGUAGCGGAUCAGUUAUAUUACCCCUGUGAGCACAUUGCCUGGGCGGCUGAUGCUGAGCUCAUCAAAACCAAAUCUGACAAGUGGUGGGUGCUGAGCACAGGCCUCUGGGGCAUAUCACUCAUCCUCAACAUACUCAGAUCCAUCAGGUCCGUCCUGAUCCUGAAGAGAAAAGUGCAGACGUGUCAAAGGUCAGGUUCAGCUCAGAGGAGCAGAGAGGAAGCGUUUUCUCAGGAAGCUGCGCUCCGGAGGCAGAUCCGAGGGGAAGUGUUCGGUAUCCUGAGCGGUUUGGCAGAUCUCUGCAAUGCCAUUCAUUGGAUGCCGCCUGGAUUUCUGUGGGCUGGACGGUUUCCUCCGUGGCUGGUGGGACUGAUGGGAACGACCUCCUCGCUGAUAGGCCUUCUACAGAUGAGCUCUGGUGAUCAAGGAGCGUGUUCCUAAAGCCUCACUCUUACAAAACAGUGACUCUUCUUGAUUUCACGUCUGGAAUAAUUAUAUGUCGCGCAAUAAUUCAUUAUUAAUAUGAAUUGUAAUUAUUAUAAAUAAUUAUUAUGUUUAGCGAUUUCCAAUUUAUACAGGCUAGCUGGAUCUGCAUUUAGGAAUAUUGUCAAAUUCUUCACUGACGAUUAAUUUAAAAAUACUUAAUUGUAUAUAGAUGAAUGGAGGUGUGUAAAAUGUAUGCUAAUAAUGUGUAAAUGUGCAAUUGCGAAAUAAAUGUCUAUUUUUUUCAAUGA